AUGCAGGAGGCGAAUGCAGGAGGUGUUCGGGGCGAUAAGGGCGAUAAGGGCGAUAAGGGCGAUAAGGUCGAUAAGGGCGAUAAGGUCGAUAAGGGCGAUAAGGGCGAUAAGGGCGAUAAGGUCGAUAAGGGCGAUAAGGGCGAUAAGGUCGAUAAGGGCGAUAAGGGCGAUAAGGGCGAUAAGGGCGAUAAGGGCGAUAAGGUCGAUAAGGGCGAUAAGGGCGAUAAGGGCGAUAAGGUCGAUAAGGGCGAUAAGGUCGAUAAGGGCGAUAAGGGCGAUAAGGUCGAUAAGGGCGAUAAGGGCGAUAAGGUCGAUAAGGGCGAUAAGGGCGAUAAGGGAUCACCAGGCUGA